CUUCACCAUCUCUAUAUUAUAAUAACCCUCAACAAUAUAUAUCCAUGCACUUUGGAAGUGAUAUCAUACAAAUGAACAUGAUAUAAGCAUACAAUAAUCGGCAAACUUAGAAGCUGUCAAAUGUGUACUGUUGAUUUAAAAAAAAAAUUAGUUACGAAUUUUUCACUUCAUACAUAUAUCACUGUUGCAUACAUAUGGGAAAUAGGUUACAUGGAUAUUUUCACACAUAUUCAUUUUGAAAUACGAACUCAAUAACAUAAGGUAUACUGUCUACAUUUCACAUUCAUCUUAUUCUUUUAUGUAAGCAUAUAUAUGAUGUAAACUUCUUUUUCAGAGAGAGAGAGAGAGAGAGAGAGAGAGAGAGAGAGGUACAUAAGUAUUAUUUUCUUGGUAACAUAUUUUGAUAACUAUAAUACAUGUACAUGUAGAGCUAGAUAUGAUUUACAAUGUAUCUAUUGAUCAAACCAAACAACACACAAAAAAGAAAGAAAAGAAAAAAGAAACAAACGUAUUUGAUGAAAAAGUACAUAUAGACCUACAUGUAUAUACUGAUCAUGCAUAUGAGUUUUCACAUAUUCUCUGCCAGUGGAUUUCAUAAUCAUCAUGUCUACAGUUUCUUAGCAGCAAGUACUUCUCAACCACAAUUCUGUCCGUAACUAUUUUUCUAAUCGCAGAUAUAUGUACUUGCGGACUAUUUUGAUAUUUAGAAGAAAAAAUAUAUUGUUUUACUACAAGCAAAUCAAAUUUUGAAUGUCUAACUGUUGAUUUUUAUUAUACAUUUGUAGAAUCAAUAUUUUAUUUUUACUGACAUGCAUCCCGACUGAUAUAUUAAUUAGAGAAAAAGAAACUUAAGCAAUUACUUGAAUUUAGUAUAUAGUUCCUGUGUUUCAUCUAUCAUCUAAGGAUUUCAACGUUUUAGUUCAGUAAAAAUUGAGACUCCAGUAGUAAAGAAACCACUUUAAAUGAAAGUAGAUGGUUGAGGGGCACACGUACAUGUACAUGUGUUUACAAAUAUCCUUGACAAUUGCGAGGCGAAAUUAAUGUGUUGCUAAGAAAAAAGCAGUUCAUUCUUCAAAACAUUUCCAUGUAUUUGGAUAUCUCACAUGCAGAAUGUCGAGUCUUGUAUAUACCCUUGCUUUAUAGCUCAUAUUGUGAAAACAGAGAAAAGUCGGGCAGAAGAGGGGCACCUUAUAAUACCCCAUAAAGAUUUGUGUGACUGUAUGCUACACCGGUAUUGAGUUUAUUUCAUGAUUUUUAGACCUCUAAUAAACGUAAACUUUUCAUUAUAAUACAACAUAAAGCACACUACAGAUUAUUUACAUUUAAAAUUGUAAACAAAGGGCGGCCAUUUUGAACUUAGGGUCGCAGGGACGCUAUUUAAAAAAAUCCUAUGAUAUAGAAAAACGAUGCAGAAAUUUAACACAUGCAUGAUUUUUUAAAUUCAGACGUUUGUUAAACAAUUUACACGCAAAAUAAAUUAUAUAUCUAUAAAAGUAUGUUUUCCCAUAAAUCCUCUUCUCAUCGCUGAUUGGUUGUAAUUUUCGGCGGGCAAAAUUGAUUGUUGUUUGUGAGAGAAAACCUAGCGUGACUCAAAUGGAACCAUGUCAUGUUUUGAUUGAAUGGAAGAUCCAAAGAUUUUUCUGAGAAUAGGAGACGUCUACUGUUGUUGGGCAUCAUUCAGGUAUUUCCGGUGUUGACUUGAUACAUUUUCAUUCACGAUGUUGCGGAUUCAUCAUUGCAUUUGCAUGGGGUAGUGCAUAUGUUGUGUGUGGCCUUCUAAACGAUAAAUCUAUGGAUUAAAGGAUGAACAGGUCGAUGCAGGAAUAUUCAUUCUAAUCGGACAACCUCCAAGCAUGCAGUAUGCCUUAUACAAACAAUGAUGGGAUGUUCCAUCCUAGAAAUAGUUCUCAAUUAUGGUGCAGCAUCAAAUUAAAUCCCUCAGCAUUAGAAGUGAAAGGCACAGGUGUUUUAGGCAUGAUAUUAAAACCAAAGGCCCCAUAUCACGAAACUAAAGAGUCGAAAGGCCCAGCUGUAGAGAGAUUCCCAUUUCUCGAGCAAGGACAAAAAAAAAAGAUUAAAAAGGUGCUGACUAAGGAGGCAACGUCUCCGGAAGUAACGGAUGAUCAGGAAGCCACCCAGAGGAAGGUCUUAUCAUUUAUAUGGGAGUCAUCCCUGCUGUGUAAUGUUAAGUGCGACCUGGACAGAGAGUAUGCUGAAUCUUUGCAACUUCAAUCAAAGAGACAAAAAGCCAAGGCCAUUAGAAGUAGAACGGAAAUGACUAUUACCCCACCACCUAGGAGCAUUGAAGAGUGGGCCGUUUCCUCUACUUAUAAAUGAUGCUAUUACUGUUAAUAGUUAUAUUUAAUUUCCUCAUUGCUAGCUCACCUGAGCCAAAGGCUCAAGGUCACAAUUAAUAAUAUUAUACCGUUAUAACCAGUUUUUAUGAAAUUUUAAUAAUGUUGUUGAAGGAGAAUUGCAAUUUUUCGGAUGUUUAUAAUUGAUACUGUUUAAGUAUGUCUAGCAUCUUGAAAAGUGUGAUGACCUAUAUAUUUCAUUUGAUAAUUUAUUAAUUUUAACUUUAAUAAAUUGAAAUAAAUGCAUUUUUGAUACUUUUAUCAGAGAAUAUUGCAAGUAUGGAGUUACCUUGAUAUAUUUAUACAGAUUUGUUCUGCUUUAGUACUAGUGUAUCAGUAUUAUUACAUCAAGUUCAUUUGUGUGAAUAUUAUAAUAUUUAAGAAUGAAUAAAACUGUCUUGU